AUGGCAUCUUCGUCAAGUAGAAUGAAAUUUGCAAAGAAAGCGGCUGAAAAAGUAAUUCACCCACCUUUUUUAAAAACAAACAUUGCUGCGGGUAUGGCUAAUCCCAGUCCACCCUUGGGUCCUCAAUUAGGUCAGAGAAAUUUAAAUGUGGCAGCGUUUAUCAAGGAUUUUAACGAAAAAACUGCUCACUUAAAGGAGGGGAUUCCAAUACCAUGUAGAAUAAAAAUAAAUCCUGACAGAUCAUAUCAAUUAAUUAUGCACAAGCCACCAGCAACGUACUAUCUUAAACAAGCUGCAGGAAUUCAGAAAGGGAAGAUGAAACCUGGGGAAGUUGCUGGUAAAAUAACACUGAAACAUUUGUAUGAAAUAGCCAAAAUUAAGUCUGAAGAUCCCUGUCUAGGCUUGAUGAGUUUACAGCAAAUUACUCAAAUGUUAGUAGGUACUGCCAGAACUGUUGGAAUUGAAGUAGUACGACACUUGGAUUCUGAAGAGUAUAAACAAUUUUUGGAAGAAAGAAAACUUGUAGUUGAACAAAAUCUUAAAGAAUUACAAGAAGUUAAAGAAGCUAAAAUGCUUCGAACUGCUUAAGUGAAUUAUGAUUAAA